AUCGAUCAUUGGUGACUGGUUUGAAAACACCAUGUCGGAAGUGUUACCCUACAACGAGGAGAAUAUCACUCAUUAUGGGGAUGAUGGAGAUGUGGAUCAGCUCUCCAUCACCUGUCGUUUGCAGAAUACCAAUAACUUAUUUGGUACGUCGCAGAAUAAAAGACCCCCAAAACUUGGACAGAUUGGAAGAAGUAAACGAGUUGUCAUUGAAGACGACCAGAUUGAUGAAGUCCUGAAAAAUACAAACGAAAAAGCGCCUCCGGGAGAAUAAGACUCGAAAGUCAGCCGUAGAGGAGUGCAGUGAAAAUAUAGCAUCCCACGGUUGGCAAAAGCACUUUGUAACCGCAGUGUGGGUUGUCUUCACUAACAACGGUGCAGAGUCAAAGCAGACUUGAAAAGAGGGAAUGGAAAGUCAUCCUUCACCUUUCUCCUUUUCGGCUGUUAUGAUGAAAUUCUUACUGGUCUGUGAUGAUAAUAUACAGCAGACACGUGGGGGAGAGACGCCUGCACUUCAUAAGCACACAUUCAACUCUUGUUGUUGCUUUCUGAAACCAAGCACUUUGUUUAUCAACCAUAAAUCUAAAAAAAAAUGACCGUUUUGUGUACAAUGGAAAAUGGUGUGUCGGUCUAUUUCCUCUUUGAAUGAUCAAAUUUAUUACCUUUUGUAUCCUUUUUGGCAGUGUUGCAAAAAUGGAAAUCUGUUUUUAUAGAGUGACAAAUAAAGGAGAAGUCCCUUUUUAAACUAACCAUUUUUAUGUUGCUAAUGUAUGUGUUUUUGUCAUGACAUAUGCUACAUACAUUGCCUGCUCAUUCUUAAAAGUAAGAUGUGUAUUUUUAUAAAAUGGAUAUAUUUAUGAAUCAGUCAGUUUGGAUACUGGUGUUAGUUUAAGCACUGUGAUAUAUUGCCUACGGUAUUCUAUUGAACAGGGCGGUAUCACAUCUGUGCCAAAUACUUCCCAGACUUUCCUUUGUGUUGCUGUGCUCGUGGUGUUCUAUAAGCCUGGCUGUUGCUUCUUUCAGGGUACAUUCUUACUAUCAGCGUUUUGCAUGAGGCCUAAUAUCCUAAUGGUGUGGAACUGAAUCUGAUGUACUGAUUUUAUUUGUUUGUACUUGAAUGACAGACCUCAAAAAUGUCUUCACCAACUGUUUAUGUUGCACUUAACAGGGCUAUCUGCAAUUGAAAAUAUGGCAUUCAAAUAUGAAAACAUGAACUGCUAAUUUCAUUUGAUUUAAUAAAGAUUGUGAAAGCUCUCUAAAAUAUAUCA